AUCGGUGACGAAAACGACCGAGGCAAGGCGACAACCGCUUUUUGCGCUCCUCAUCGAUAUAAGUUAUCGACCUUCAAGGGGCUACGAAAGUCGGCUCAUCGCACGGUGAAGCUAUUAUCGCUCUAUCGGACAAUCCGCCGUCGAUAAGCUGCUAGGUGGCUGAUUGGAGCAUGUGACGGUUCUCUUGUUGCUGUGUUUUUCGGACUGGUCUUCAAAAGCCAGCGGCAGACGACGGUGUGGCGCAGUCCAGCGGGGUGCUAACGACACGUCUAACGGCGAUUCUUCUGCAUUUUCUAGAUGGAUUCCCGCUGCUUUCUGCGAAUAUCGGUGCUCUUCCACGCCAUCCUUGUGGCGGUCUCACGGCCAAACCUGGAACUCCUUGGAAAUUCGAGAUCACCGCUGUGGCGUCCAAGCAGGAUGGUGGACCUGAGUCACCACUUCAACAACAGCACCAUCUACUGGUCGGAAGAUGGGCGGUUUUCCCUGAACGUCACCCUUUUCAACGACACCCAAGAAGGAUGGUUUCAGGAGGACGUCAUCAGGGAACCGACUCACGGCGGAACGCACCUAGACUCUCCCGUCCACUUCUACCGAGGCGGCAUUUCGGUGGCCGAGAUUCCGCUGGAGCGGAUGCUCGGUGUUCCCGUUGCGACGGUGGACGUUCGAGACAAGACGGCGCGGAACGCCAGCUACGAGCUUUCCGUCGGCGACCUCCGGGCCUGGGAACGCCAGCACGGACGCCUGCCUGAGGGCUGUCUCCUCUUCGUCAACACCGGAUGGUCGAAGUUUUGGUCAAAUUCGAACGCCUACUUGGGAACGGACGCCGACGGAGUUCGCCACUUUCCGGCCGUGCAUCCCGACGCGGCCCGCUUCGUCGCGGAAGAGCGACGAGUCUACGGUGUCGGUAUCGACACCGCUUCCGUGGACACAACGGAACCCAACCUUCCGCACCGACUGCUGUUCGCUCGAAACGUUUACGUCAUCGAGAACCUGCGUAACUUGGACAAAGUGCCGCCCGUCGGAGCGCACGCCAUUGUCAGCGUCCUCAAGAUAGACGGCGCCAGUGGUUCUCCCGCCAGGGUUGUCGCCAUCUUGCCGUAAAGCGGAGCCCCAAAACCAUUACUGGCUUUAAAGAAGAACGGUUUAAUUUC